AUGGCGACUCGAUUCGCAAUUGCCUCGGCGUUGGCCCUGCUUGCCACGGGCGUCGCUGCGCAGGCGGCGCCACCGGUCAAGGGUGAGCUGGGUGUUUCGGCAUACCCGUUCGACAUCAGUCAGGUCUCACUCAACACGGGACGGUGGCAAGAGAACCUGGAGCGCACCCGGACCUACCUCAAGUUUGUCGAUCUCGACCGGCUCCUCUACAACUACCGCGCAACGCACAACCUGUCCACCAAUGGGGCGACGACCAACGGCGGCUGGGAUGCGCCCGACUUUCCCUUCCGGUCCCACGCGCAGGGCCACUUCCUGACCGCAUGGGCCCAGUGCUGGUCCACCACGGGCGACACGGAAUGCCGCGACCGGGCCGUCUCUUUCGCAGAAGAGCUGCAGAAGUGCCAGGCCAACAAUGCAGCCGCCGGCUUCAGCGAAGGCUACCUGUCCGGCUUCCCCGAGUCCGACUUCGACGCGCUCGAGGCGGGCACGCUGACCAACGGAAACGUGCCCUACUACGUGGUGCACAAGCUCAUGGCCGGGCUGCUGGACGUCUGGCGCAGCAUCGGCGACACGACGGCGCAGGAGGUGGUGCUGGCGCUGGGCGGGUGGGUGGAUGCGCGCACGGCGAAGCUGACGUACGCGCACAUGCAGACCAUCAUGGAGACCGAGUUUGGCGGCAUGAGCGAGGUGCUGGCCGACCUCUACUACCAGUCGGGCGACGAGAACUGGCUCGCCGUGGCCAAACGCUUCGAGCACGACAAGGUGCUGACGCCGCUGGCCAACAACCAGGACCAGCUGGACGGCCUGCACGCCAACACGCAGGUGCCCAAGUGGAUCGGCGCCGCGCGCGAGUACAAGGCGACGGGCAACACGACCUACCGCGACAUCGCCCGCAACGCGUGGGACAUCACCGUCCAGGCCCACACCUACGCCAUCGGCGGCAACAGCCAGGCCGAGCACUUCCACGAAGCCAACGCCAUUGCCGCCUACCUCACCGCCGACACGGCCGAGUCGUGCAACUCGUACAACAUGCUCAAGCUCACCCGCGAGCUGUGGGCCACCGACCCCUCCGCCUCGGCCUACUUCGACUACUACGAAACCACCCUGACCAACCAGCUCGUCGGCCAGCAGGACCCGGAGAGCGCCCACGGCCACGUCACCUACUUCAACUCGCUGGACCCCGGCGGUGCCCGCGGCGUCGGCCCCGCCUGGGGCGGCGGCACCUGGAGCACCGACUACGACAGCUUCUGGUGCUGCCAGGGCACCGGCGUCGAGACCAACACCAAGCUGAUGGACUCCAUCUACUUCCGCGCCGCCGACGACGCCACCCUCUACGUCAACCUCUUCGCCCCCUCCACCCUGACCUGGGCCGCCCGCGGCCUCACCGUCGAGCAGACCACGUCGUACCCCGUCGUCGAGAACUCGACCAUCCGCGUCUCCGGCACCAGCGAUGGCGCCUGGGCCAUGCAGCUUCGCAUCCCGGCCUGGACCGAGGGCGCCGCCGUCUAUGUCAACGGCGCCAAGGCGGACGUCGCUGCCGAGCCUGGCACGUACGCCGUCGUCGAGCGCGAGUGGGCCGACGGCGACGAGGUGACGGUGGUGCUGCCCAUGGACUUCCGGAUCGUGCCCGCCAACGACGACGAGUCGGUCGUGGCGCUGGCAUAUGGCCCCGUCGUGUUGGCCGGCAACUACGGCUCCGCGAAGCCUACCGGGAACCCCACGCUGGAUCUGUCGUCGGUGAAGCGGACGAGCGACGAUGCUUUGGAGUUCGAGGCCACGGCUGAUGGUGCCACUGUGGCGUUGGGGCCGUAUUUCGAUGCGCAGGGCUUCGAUUAUGUGACUUAUUGGAAGAAGAGUGGAGCGCUUCCUUGA